CACCGCCAUUUCGUGGACGACGGGUGUGGGAGAGUAUCUGUGGGUGCCAGGCGCGAGGGGACCGGGAAGACCCAGCCGAGGGUGUGUGGAUUUGAGUCUACGCGCUUCUAACCCGAGAUCUCGAAAUGCAUCGUGAUUCCUGUCCGUUGGACUGUAAAGUUUAUGUAGGUAAUCUUGGAAACAAUGGUAACAAGACUGAAUUGGAACGAGCUUUUGGCUAUUAUGGACCACUCCGAAGUGUGUGGGUUGCUAGAAACCCUCCCGGCUUCGCUUUUGUUGAAUUUGAAGAUCCCCGAGAUGCAGCCGAUGCUGUCCGAGAGCUAGAUGGGAGAACACUAUGUGGCUGCCGAGUAAGAGUGGAACUGUCGAAUGGUGAAAAGAGAAGUCGAAAUCGUGGCCCACCUCCUUCUUGGGGUCGUCGCCCUCGAGAUGAUUAUCGGAGGAGGAGUCCUCCACCUCGCCGCAGAUCUCCAAGACGGAGAAGCUUCUCCCGCAGCCGGAGCAGGUCCCUUUCUAGAGAUAGGAGAAGAGAGAGAUCACUGUCCCGGGAGAGAAAUCACAAGCCGUCCCGAUCUUUCUCUAGGUCUCGUAGCCGAUCUAGGUCAAAUGAAAGGAAAUAGAAGACCAGUUUGCAAGAGGAGUGGUGUACAGGAAAUAACUUCAUUUGACAGGAGUAUGUACAGAAAAUUCAAGUUUUGUUUGAGACUUCAUAAGCUUGGUGCAUUUUUAAAAUGUUUUAGCUGUUCACAUUUGUUUGUCUCUUGGAACAGUGACACAUAAAGGUGUAAUUCUCUAUGGUUUGAAAUGGAUCAUAUGAGGCAUGUAAUAUCAAGAAUUGUUACUUUACAAUGUUCCCUUAAGCAAAAUUGAAUUUGCUUUGAAUUUUUAGUCUUGCAUAGACUGAUAAUAAAAAUAAACCUCUUAAUUCCUGCCCA